GUGUCGCGAGCGACGCCGGCGCACCCGCCCAUCACGAUCGAGAACCGACAACGGCGGAGCGCUGAAAACCGAGAUUCGUAACGUGUUUGGAAACUCAAAGCAAUAUUAUACAAGUGAUAUGUGCCUGAACCACCGCCGUCGGCUACUGUUUACUAAACUAACGUGUUGUGAUAAAGAUUGCUUUUACUUUAACUUGUGCGGUUAAACCAAGCUGUGCAUCAGUUUAUAUAUACUUUUGAAGAACAGUAAGAUGGCGAUGAAGGAGUGGCUACAAUGGCUGCCGCCGCCGAGGUCCCUGUUGGCGUUGCUGCUGGCUAUAGCUGGUUUCAGCGGCCGGUUGUUCGCCUCGCACUUCACGCACUCACCGACCCUCCUCGUGGACACCUGCCACUCUCUAUGCCGACUAGUCGGACUCGUCACAACAUUGAUCUCAUACAAGUAUGAGCGCGCCGACGAAGGUGCUGGUCGGGAAGGUCGUUUGCGAAACACGUUUGGAUGGGCGCGCAUUGAGGUGGUGGGCCGUCUCUCCGUGCACGUCCUCUUCGCAUCCUUCGCCUUAGCACUGGUAGUUAACGCUCUCCAGCUGGGCGUGCACUCCUCCCACGGCCAGCCGCCUAGAUAUCCUAAGGUCAUAGUCGGCAGCGCCGUCAUAGGGUUGCUGCUUCACGCCAUCAAUUACAUGUUAUUAGCAGGUCGUGAGCUGAGCUACAGCCGGCGACUGAGCGUCACAGAAGGGGGAGGUGUCGUGUUAAAGACUGGAUCCGGAGAACCUGUACUUGCUCAUGCCCCUACUGAUAUUGCCAGCAGUCUCUUCGUGAUGGGUGCUGGGCUGACCAACGAAUGGGAGCCAGUCGCUGCUCGCAUUGCCGACCCUGCCCUCUCCGCCUGCGCAGCCAUCGUUCUCGUCAUCUUCAACUAUCCAUUCAUGCGGUCAGCAGGGCUUGUGUUGCUGCAGACAGUGCCGGAAGGUCUGGGGACCUGCGACCUGCGGGCCGCAGCGCUUCGGGUCCCUGGGGUCCUCGCCAUACACGAACUGCACGUCUGGCAAAUGCACCGUGACAAGGUCGUCGCCACCGCUCAUGUUGCGUACAGCUCACACGAGGAUUACUUGAAGAGUUCCGCGUUAGUUUGUGAUAUAUUCAAGCGUCACGGCAUCGGUCUAGUCACGCUACAACCAGAGUUCACGCUCACCUCUAUGCUAGGUACAGAUGAAGAGAAGAAGGCUUUAAUAGACUUUGCGAACCAAGGUUGUUCGUGUCCGUGUGCCAAGGAGUGCACCGCUCCUCGAUGCUGCGAACCACCUCGCCAGCCCACCGUCACUCGCAUUUAAUUACAAAAUAACAUACUACAGUACCCUGCAACAAAAAUUGCACGACUUUUGGAAAAAUACAAUCGGCCAAGUCGCCGCAUAUACUGACCACGAUCAUGAGCCU